AUGGUGUCCAAGGCCCUUAGCACAGCGCUCGUUCUCCUCGGAGCCGCGCGGCCCAUCUUCGGCGCGAAGCCAUCCCCGGGCUGCGGUAAGGCUCCCAAGCUGGUAACGCCGGUCGCCGCCACCACACCCGGUUUGAGCAUCACUUCGGGCGGCACAGCACGCCAGUACUUUGUCAAGCUCCCCGCCAACUACGACUACAACCACCCAUACCGCCUAAUCUUCACCAUGCACGCCGUGGGAGGCAGCGGCCAGCAGAUCUCGAGCGGCGCCAACGCCUACUAUAGCCUCCCGUCCCUAAUCAACGACACCACCGGGGUCAUCUACUGGAACAACGGCGGUUCCGACGUCGCCUUCGUCAAGGACAUCAUCAAAGCCGUCGAAGACGACCUCUGCAUCGACCAAAACCUCCGUUUCUCGACAGGCUUCAGCCACGGCGCCGCCAUGUCCUUCAUCCUCGCGUGCGCCCUCGGCAAGGACCUCCGCGCUGUGGCCGUGCUGUCGGGGAGUCCGCAAAUCAGCGGCGGCACCGAGCCUGUGGCCUGGUAUUCGCAGCACGGCACCCGCGAUCAGGUGCUUCCCAUUGCCGGUGGCCGCCAGAUGCGCGACAGGUUCGUGCGGUUUGGGUUGGCUAAAUUGGGUCUUACCCCUGACAGUGACCAUACGCCCAGUCCAAAGGACCCUGGUGCGGCACGGACGUUCUCAGAUGUCUAUACUUGGGAAUUCUUCUCGCAGUUCAAGUAG